GCUUCCGGUGGGAGCGGCACUGCGGAUGGCCGCGCGCAGGGUCGCGGUCUGCGCCUCGCUCGCUGCUGCCCGACCCCUGCCCCUCGGCGGCCGCCGCCGCCUGUCGCCCGUGCCCCGCUCUGCGUUGUCGGGCGCCGCCAUGGAGCCUGCGCCGCGCUGGCUGGCGGGACUGCGCUUCGACAACCGCGCUCUGCGCGCGCUGCCGGUGGAGACGCCGCCUGCCGGUCCCGAGGGCGCCUCGACCACGCCGCGGCUCGUGCCCGGGGCCUGCUUCACCCGCGUGCGGCCCACCCCGCUGCGGCAGCCCCGCCUCGUGGCGCUGUCGGAGCCCGCUCUGGCGCUGCUGGGCCUGGGGGCGCCGCCCGCGCCCGAGGCCGAGGCCGAGGCCGCGUUGUUCUUCAGCGGCAACGCGCUCCUGCCGGGCGCCGAGCCCGCCGCGCACUGCUACUGCGGCCACCAGUUCGGCCAGUUCGCCGGGCAGCUGGGCGACGGCGCCGCCAUGUACCUAGGCGAGGUGUGCACGGCGGCCGGCGAGCGCUGGGAGCUGCAGCUCAAGGGCGCCGGGCCCACGCCCUUCUCCAGACAGGCCGACGGUCGCAAGGUCCUACGGUCAAGCAUUCGGGAGUUCCUGUGCAGCGAAGCCAUGUUCCACCUGGGGGUCCCCACCACACGGGCUGGUGCCUGCGUCACGUCUGAGUCCACGGUGGCGCGUGAUGUGUUUUAUGAUGGUAAUCCCAAAUAUGAAAAAUGCACAGUUGUGUUGCGUAUAGCUUCCACUUUCAUAAGGUUUGGAUCCUUUGAGAUUUUUAAGUCCGCAGAUGAGCACACGGGGCGCGCAGGCCCCAGCGUGGGGAGGAACGACAUUCGCGUGCAGCUGCUCGACUACGUCAUCAGCUCCUUCUACCCCGAGAUCCAGGCUGCUCACGCCAGCGACAACGUGCAGAGAAAUGCCGCCUUCUUCCGGGAGGUGACACGGCGCACGGCGCGGAUGGUGGCCGAGUGGCAGUGCGUGGGCUUCUGCCACGGCGUGCUUAACACCGACAACAUGAGCAUCCUGGGGCUGACCAUCGACUAUGGGCCCUUCGGCUUCCUGGACAGGUACGACCCCGACCACGUGUGCAAUGCCUCAGACAACACCGGCCGCUACACGUACAGCAAGCAGCCCGAGGUGUGCAAGUGGAACCUGCGGAAGCUGGCUGAGGCGCUGCAGCCGGAGCUGCCCCUGGAGCUGGGCGAGGCCAUCCUGGCCGAGGAGUUUGACGCCGAGUUCCAAAGGCACUACCUGCAGAAGAUGCGAAGGAAACUGGGCCUCGUGCGGGUGGAGCUGGAGGAAGACGGGGUGCUGGUGUCCAAGCUCCUGCAGACCAUGCACCUGACUGCCUGUGUUCCAGGUGCUGACUUCACAAACACCUUCUACUUGCUGAGCUCCUUCCUGGUGGAUCCGGAGUCACCGGGCCUGGCGGAGUUCCUGGCCAGGCUGAUGGAGCAGUGUGCUUCCCUGGAGGAGCUGAGGCAAGCCUUCCGGCCCCAGAUGGAUCCCCGGCAGCUGUCCAUGAUGUUGAUGCUGGCACAGUCAAACCCGCAGCUGUUCGCGCUCAUGGGCACCCGGGCAGGCAUCGCCAGGGAGCUGGAGCGCGUGGAGCAGCAGUCUCAGCUGGAACAGCUGAGCGCGGCCGAGCUGCAGAGCAGGAACCAGGACCACUGGGCCACCUGGCUCCAGGCGUACAGAGCCCGGCUGGACAAGGACCUGGAGGGCGCCGGAGAUGCCGCUGCCUGGCAGGCCGAGCGUGUGCGUGUGAUGCGCGCCAGCAACCCCAAGUAUGUGCUGAGGAACUACAUGGCGCAGAACGCCAUCGAGGCUGCCGAGCGCGGGGACUUCUCAGAGGCAAGCACAUGCCUAACCCUGUGGUCCGCGGGAGGAGGGCAUGGCUUCGACUCCUCUCACCCUCACACUCCUCCAGGUUCAGCGGGUACUGAAGCUACUGGAGACCCCUUACCACUGCGAGGCAGGGGCUGCCACAGAGCCCGAGGCCACGGAGCCGACUGGCGGGCAGCGUUCCUACAGCAGCAAGCCUCCGCUCUGGGCAGCAGAACUGUGUGUGACGUGAUCAUCGUAAUGGCCUCGGCAUGCUCCACACCCUUGGAGUUUCCCGAGGCCCCCGUGUGUUGCUGAGUGGCCAAGACGGUGCCGGGCCAUGCCCUCUGUGCUGGGGACUUCUGCCUUGGCCCACGCACACCAGUCUUUCCAUGAAGGCAGAGACAUCCAGUCAGGACCUGACCUGUCUCUGUCUGACGCUGGCUCAGCAGGACAGCUCCGCCACCCACCUGGCCCCUGGGGGCUGGACCCAGGCUGCUAAAUAAACCAGCAUCUCCCUC